AUUGUAUAGCGAUUCAGCGCACUUGUGUUGAUGGGCGGAACUAAAAUAGAAAAAUCUCCCGAGUGCAGAAAAAAUUGGCCAGGAAGCCCAUCUCAGGAAGACGUCGGGAUUGUGCCAGUGAAUUCCUUGUGUUGCAAUUGAGGCACCGAAGACGGUGGGGUGAAAAGUAAAUUUUUGUGACGUGGGGUUCCGUGGGCACAACUCCCCUUAAUGUUGUUUUAGUUUGACAUGGUUGUUGUGAGUAACGGCUGGUUGGAACAUGCUGCAGAAGUUCAGUCCUUCCUCCGUGCGAAUGGCUUAACAAUGUCAGCGCCCACCGUUCCGUCUGGUGUUGACCCCGGCAGUGGUAGCAGUACCCUCGAAGCGUCUCCAGUUGCCGCAUCAGCUGCCUCACUUGUGCCGCCCACUCUUGGGGAAUUGGCAAAAGUCGAUGGGAUCUCGUGGGCACCGCAUGUGGGGCUCACAAAUCCCACUGAGGAGUCCACACGUGACGCUAGUGCAGUCGCAGCGCAGGGAAAUGGCUUGAGAAGCCCACCAGCUAAGGCAAUCCUCAAAUGUCGCCCCAACUCACACCCAUUUCAGAAUCGGACAUUGCUGCUUGAACCCAAUCAAGAGGUGAAGGUUGGUCGUUCUGUACCCAGGCAUCGUGUUGCUGAGAAUAAUGCAAUUUUCGACUGCAAAGUCCUUUCGCGCAAUCACGCUGUGUUGUGGUACAGCGAUGGGAAGUUCUUUAUACGUGACACAGGUAGCAGUAAUGGGACUUUCAUCAAUAAUCAACGCCUCUCACCCAUGUCACAUCGCUCGGAUCCCUUUGAGGUGAGUUCCGGGGAUAUUGUGCAAUUUGGUGUGGAUGUCACGGAGAAUUCGCGCAAAGAGACACACGGGUGCAUCGUGGCGACGCUCAAGCUCUUCCUACCGGAUGGGCGUGAGACGAAGGCGAGUCAAUCGACGUGUGUGGGUGAGAUACCGCCUGAGGAUUUGCAUCGGCUCAAUCAGUAUGUCCAGGAGAUGGUGCAGCGUGAACAAAUGCUCGAAUCGAAACUUGUGGAUUUGCAGAAGAUCCUCGAGUUGUCAAAGACAAAUGCCGAGAGUAGCUGGCAGGCGAUGAUUGAUGAGGAUCGUCUACUGAAUCGCAUUGAUAUCCUUGAGAAUAAAUUGCGAAACUACCAGAAGACCACAACGGAGGAUAAAUUGCGUGAAGAGGUGCUAAAAUUGCAGGAGGAUAAGCUACUGUAUCAGGAUUCAGCCAAGGAGGCUCUACGGAAGGUCUACCAGGAACGCUAUGAGGCCAUUCAGAAGUUGGCUGGCAUUGAGCGUGCCCUCUGUAGUAGUGAAGAUGAGUGUUCGGUGCUCAAGGAGCAAGCUCUAAAGGCGCAGGCUGAACUUAGGGACACCCUGUUGCGUUUCAACACACUGCAGCAGAAGUACGAUGAACUGGCGGAGAAGUAUAGUCAAUUAGAGAGUCAGGCAUCGCAAAUCACAUCCUCCGCACUCAUCCAGCCACUCGAAAGCAAUGCUGAGACGGAGAAGAACAUAAAUGAGAAUGACGUGGAAGGAGAUCACAAAGUGAAUGCAAAGGAAGUCCUGAUGAAUCUUUUUGCCAAAUCCGAUCUGAAGAACCUCGAAGGAUCCGAGGAUAUUAUUAAAUCAAUGUUCAAUGACACGGACGCAAAUGACGAUUUGAACAACGUGCAAGUCACAUACUCGAGAAUCUACGAUAGGCUCCUAGAAUUAGAGAAGAAGAUCAACUUAUCGGACAACUGCAAUCCAAAUAUCGUCAAACAUGAGCAUGUUCGACGAGACAGCGAGUGCUCAGUGGACUCAAAUUCAAGUACAGAAACCACCGUGAGUGAUGGGAAUCAAAAUGUGAAUGAGGAAGAACUCACGCCGGUUCACAAGCGAACGAUAAGUACAAUAGUUGAUGAGAUGAAGGAGAUUUACAGUGACCUGAUGAAGAGUGUUGCAACAGCACGGGAGGAUGUGGUGGCGCGGAAGGAGUCAAAGGAAAAGUGUGAAGAAAUGGAAUCAAAGCUGGUUUCAAUGCAAGCAGACUUGCAGACACUUUCAUUGGAGCUUCAGACGCGCCCCACGUACAAUCAGUACCACGAAAAGGUGAAGUUGAGCGAUGAUUUGCAGACGGAAGUGAUGGUGCUGCAGUCACAGAUCACGGGGCUACGGGAGGUGAAUAUGAAGAGUGAGGGCGAGUGCGAAGUGCUGCGACAGCAAUUGGCCGUUAUUAGGGACACCGUGAAGAAUGAUAAAUUGUCACAGACUGAUGAGAUUGAGUGCCCGCAGGAUACCAAUCGGGGGGUACAGGUGAAAGUUGUCCAGGUAACGACAGAGGUGGAAAAUGAUGCGGAACUAUCGCAGGAAAUUCAACUAAUAACGGAUCCCGAUGUGCAACGUGAGGAGGAAUUGAUUGUCUACAAGGAGAAAUUCACGCAGGUGAGUGAGGAGAAGAUUAAGUUGCAGCAGGAGCUUGAGCAGGUGCGAAAGAACUAUGACUAUCUGAAGAAUAAGUCAAUGGUAACGUUAUUAACUUAUUUGAUGCCCAUUGUGGCCAUAAUCAGUUAUUUUUUAUUUAAACUCUUCUCAUAAAAUUUUGAAAUAAAUACUGUGAGGGGGGGGUGUGAAGGAAGAAAUUAUUAUUAAAUGCAAAAAAAAUACAAGUUAGUAGUUGAUGCUGAUUUCUUGUGUGUACAUGUGGUUGAUGCUGAUAAAUUGUGACAUUUAAAAUACAAAAGAAAAAAUCUAUAUAAAUUAAAUUUAGUAAUCAUCAA